AUUAAAUCGUCAAAAACUAAAUCUGGUCGUGUUUUGAGAAUUUUUCUGUGUACAUUUGAUCCUGUUCUGUAAGAUUAAUCCAGUUUUGUUUUCUUUUCAGAUAAUCUCCCCCGCAAGUUUGCGAAACAAGCACAUCAGACAACCAAUAAUUUAAGAAAAUGUUCAACACCUUGGCUAGCUAUCUAUUAGGAACAUCAAAUCAACAACCUACGGGCGGGGUCGAGGAAAGAAAUAUAAGACUGACUUCGGUUGUAGCUGACGAUGAUUGGGUGUUGGUGGAUCAGGAUAGCGAGGGAAAUUCGGAGGUGGAAUCGAGCGUAAGCGACAGUUUGGAUGGAUACGACGACCUUAACUCCUGUCAUAAGCAACUGCCUCACAUUUUGACGCGCAGCAGUUCGGCCUCGUCUCUACGCUGCGCGACCAUGGAGGACUCCUGGUUUGUCACACCUCCACCGUGCUUCACGUCGGCGGGACCAGUACACAUGGAGACGUCGCCGCUGGAAAAUCUCCUAAUCGAACAUCCCAGCAUGAGCGUCUACCAACAUCCGCAUUCGGCCCUGAUCGGACCGAGAUAUAAUUCGGUCGCGGUACAGGCCGCGAACGAAAGCGAAUUCUCCGACGAGGACGAGUUGGAGGAAAUUGUCGAACAGGUACCGGUGCCGGUUCAGAGGCUCGCGGUGGAGACGUAUAGGGAAAGGCAACUACAUGUACCGCGCCGAAACAGUGUAAAUAUUCUACAGCAACAGGAGAAGCAGUGGAAACAAACCAAACAAGCACAAAAGGUACAAUUACGCAAGGCCUGCCAAUCAUUAAAACGCAAGUACCUGGACCGUGCGAACAAGGCUCGUGAAGUAAAUACCAGAAACAGGCAUCAAAGGCGCAGUGAACGUUCACAGGGUGCUAAUCGUUCUUAUGUCAAUAAUAAUCGCAAGUGCUGAGCACACACCUGAUCUCAACUCAGCACUUGGGACUUUCAAACACAAUAAUAAAAUAAUACUAAUAAAUACCAAAAUCCCAGGGGGCUCUUGAAAAUCGCAAACUUUGUUAUUUUCGCAAUUUUUUUUCUGUGAUAUAUUAUUUUGACUUAAUUUAUUUUAUUUUAAAGAGGGAAAUAUUUUUAAACACUCCCCCUCCUCCCCCCCUUCUUGCAUUAUGCAUUGCAGGCGCUUAAGUUUUUGGUUAGCUGUCGACAAAUUCACAGCGGCUCACUUUGAAAAAAAAAGGCCUGCCAGUAAUGUUGUGCUAAUAGUGGUGACGUUUGCGCGUUUUCGAGGGCCAGACAAAAUUAUGUAAAUACUUAGUUAAUCCCCCCUUCUUAAUAUUUAAAGGUUAGACUUGCUUGUACGUGUUGUGAUUAGCGGACUUUUAAAAAGAAAACCCAGCGAAGAAAUAGUGCUGUAGUUUUUAAGCUAACCUCUCAGAUUCAUUAAAGUAGUCCGCUCGAAACAAUUGCAAUCUCAAUAUUGGAUAUCAAAGCACAUGUGAUUUAGUAAUUAAAAUUACCAAAGCACCGAGUUGUGUUCAAAUUAAAAUAUUUAAGAACACAAGUAGUCCCUGAAGUGCUGAGGCAUUAAAAAAAAAGUAUUUUAGUUGUAAGUAUCGUCUUUCAUUACAGUUAUUGCCUUGUUUGAGAGAUACAAAAUCAAUUUGUAAAUAAAAAAAAAAUGGGUGUAUAUUUUUUAGAUCAAGAUAUAUAAGUUAUUUUUGUUGCUAUUCUAGUGUUCAUCUUUUUUUAUUACACUAACUGUUGGUAGUUGUAUCUCAUUUGCUCCAUAUUACAAUUACAUUUUAAUUUAUGAACCGUAGGUAAUAUUUGUAAGUCCGCAAAGGGUUCAGAAACCACAAACGUUUGCGAGGCGCAAAUAUUGUGGCUGUCGAACUUAGUUAAUUUUAUUUAUUUAUACGCAUUCACUUAAAUCGUACUUUACGAAGUCCAUGACAUUGACGUAUGUCUCGCAGUACAAAAUUCAGCAAUUUCUUAAAUGGCCAGUUUCGUCUAAAUUUUACCUGUAUAAGUGUCUUUCAUUUCCGGAUGUAAUAAUAAUCAAGUGAUAAUGUCACGAGAAUCUGUCCGACUGACCAUAUUUUAAUUAUAUUACAAACACAAUGUAAAUAAUGUAUUACAUGCAUAUGUUUGGGUAUUAAUAAUGCCCGAAUAUGUCUAGAGUAUUUGGCUGGUGAAAUUUGUUCGAUUACGAAUAAAUUUACCGUUCUUGUAGCAUGUGUAGUCAUCUGAUUGGGAGCAUGUAUGUGAGUUGACGUGUGUACUGUUGUAGAUAUACUUUGUAAAAUGGGAAAAAAUGUGCUUGAAAUGUAUAGGUUUUGAUGAUUGUAAACUGCACAAUGUAGAAUAGAAGUGGCAAUAUGUAUGGAGUAAGUAGUGUGUUAUUCUGUCAUCUUGUUAUUAUUCAUAAUGUUUAUGCUAUGAAUGUGUGUCAUUAUAAUCUGAAAUGCAAAUUAUAUUUCGUAUGAAAAAAAAAGGUAAUAGUAAUAAUUAAAUUAUAACUCUUGAGUCUUUGGUAUGAUGCAUUCGCAGUAAGAAAAAAA